AUGCGAUGGCAUGCCGAGCAUGAAGUUGAGGAAGGUGUGAUGCGUCACUGUUCAGAUGCACCCGCAUGGAAACACUUUGAUAGAAUGCAUCUAUCUUUUGCAACGGAAAGUCGUAAUGUCAGAUUGGGGCUAUGCACAGAUGGGUUUCAGCCAUUUGGACAAACAGGACAACAAUAUUCAUCUUGGCCAGUAAUUGUGACACCAUACAACUUGCCGCCUUGGAUGUGUAUGAAAGAUCCCUAUUUGUUUUUGUCAGUUAUAGUUCCUGGGCCAAAGAAUCCUAAGCAGCAAUUGGAUGUUUUCUUGCAGCCUUUGAUUGUUGAACUAAAGAAUCUAUGGAAUAUAGGUGUCGACACAUAUGAUAUCUCUAAGAAGCAAAAUUUUAAAAUGCGAGCUGCUUUGAUGUGGACAAUCAGUGACUUUCCCGCAUAUUCGAUGUUGUCUGGGUGGAGUACUGCGGGUAGGCUAGCAUGUCCAUAUUGCAUGGAGAAUUUAGAUGCUUUUACUUUGACAAAAGGUGGCAAACAAUCUUGGUUUGACAAUCAUCGUAAGUUCCUACCGCUGGAUCACCCAUAUAGAAAGGAUAGGAACUCAUUUAGAAAGAACAAAGUAGUCACAGUUCAUCCUACACCGGUACGGUCAGUUGAGGAUAUUUUGAGAGAGAUAGAAGAAUUGGGACUAAAAAAGGUAACAGAACUUGGGGCUGAUAUUGUUAAUCGUCAAAUUAGUAAGUUUUCCGGUUGGAAGAAAAGAAGCAUAUUUUGGGAUUUGCCGUAUUGGAGUACCAAUCUCAUUCGGCAUAAUCUAGAUGUAAUGCACAUUGAGAAGAACUUUUUUGAGAAGGUGUUCAACACAGUAUUGGAUGUAGAUGGUAAAACAAAAGAUAACCCCAAAUCUAGAGAAUACCUGAAAGAGUUCUGUCGACGCCCUGAACUACAUGCUGUUGGUGGCGAAUACCCGAAAGCUAUUUACACACUAAACAAGGAGUCAAAAAAGGUUUUGUGCAAAUGGGUGAAAAAUCUGCAAUUUCCAGAUGGAUAUGUCUCAAAUAUGGGACGGUGUGUGGACAUGAAAAAACAUAAGUUGUUUGGUAUGAAAAGCCAUGAUUGUCAUGUAUUCAUGCAAAGAUUGAUUCCUAUUGCGUUUCGUGAGCUAUUACCAACAAAAGUCUGGGAAGUACUUACUGAGAUGAGCCUUUUCUUUAGGGAUCUCACUUCCACGGUAAUACGAGAAGAGGAUAUGGUAAGACUUCAAAAAGAAAUACCUGAAAUACUUUGUAAAUUAGAGCAUAUACUCCCUCCUAGCUUUUUUGAUUCAAUAGAACAUCUCCCUGUGCAUCUUGCUUAUGAAGCAAGGCUAGCUGGUCCGGUGCAAAAUCGGUGGAUGUAUCCAUUUGAGAGAAACCUCUGGAAUUACAAACACAAUGUUCGUAAUAAGGCAUAUGCUGAAGGAUCCAUAUGCAAUGCUUACUUAGUUGAGGAAGCUUCUUCUUUUUGUUCACACUACUUUGAGCCUCAUGUUUACACAAGGCAUAGGAAAGUUCCACAAAAUGAUGAUGGUGGUACAUGUGAUCAGGGUAAACACCACGGUAAUCUUUCUAUGUUCACCUAUCCAGAUUUCAAGCUUUUAUUUUCAUUUAUACAUCAAAAUUGUGAAAAUAAAUUUGCGUGUCAUUUUUUGCAUGUGUUUCAAAGAAAUUUUAUUGACUCCCUGCGUCAAAAUUUUCCACAAAUUACGGAGAAGGAUGUGGAUAGGAAACUUGAUGAAGAUUUCGCAUCAUGGUUCAAAAGAUAUGCACGAGUCCACAUAGAUAAUGAAUUCAUCAAGGCCCUUGCAGAAGGUCCGCGUCGAUCAGCAAAACCGUACACGGGUUAUAAUGUUAAUGGCUAUAAAUUUCACACUAAAAGCCGCAGUUCUUCUAGAGCAUCUAAUAACAGUGGUGUAUGCAUAAAAGGAACCAACUACAGUGCAAAUGACUAUGACUACUAUGGUGUGCUUACUGAUAUCCUUGAAUUGGAGUACAAGGGUAGCACGCCGAUAAAGAGAACUGUUUUAUUUAAGUGUGAAUGGUUUGAUCCCACACAAAAAGUAGGAAUGAAGAUUCACCCGCAAUAUAAACUUGUGGAUGUCAACCAUCGCAGGAAAUUAAAAAAGUAUGAACCAUUUGUUUUGGAAAUGCAAGCGGCCCAAGUGUAUUAUGCCGCUUAUCCUAGCUUACGACGUGAUAAGAUUGACUGGUGGGCUUUGUGCAAAACAAAAGCUCGGGGUAUUGUGGAUAUGCCCCCAUCUUCUUCACAAUUACCUCCAGCUGAUGUUGUAGAGCCAUUCCAAAAUGAUGAAGAUGGUUUAACAUUUGAUGUGGUACCCGACAAUGAAACUAUUGUGCGGAAUGAUCCAAAUGGAGAAUUCAUAAACUUAAGAGACGAUGAUGAUGAUUUAGGUGAUGAGGAAGAAAUUCAUGAUGAAUCUGAAUUAGAUGAAGAUGGUGAUAAUGAGGAUGAAGAGGCAUAUGAUGCAAGUGGCAGUGAAUAGAGUCAAAUUACUCCAGUCUCUUCAAAUAGAGCUAGAGUGAUUGAAACAUAGUCUUUUUUCUGGUUCUUACCCAUUGAAGCCCAUCAGUUGUUGAAAUUUUUAUUGUUUUUCUUCUAUUUUUAUUGUUGAAAUUUCCCUUCUUUCUGGUUCUUCCUUCUUCAGUAAAUGGCUUAUACAGUUGAAUUUUUAUUGUUUUUCUUCUAUUUCUGCUCUCUAUCACUUGCAUCUCUAUGUUUUUCUGUUACUAAUUCUUAUACUAUUUGAUUUUUCAGGCAUAGAUACAAAUUUCCUCCGCAAAGAGUUCUCGCAGCUGCUUGCCCUAAAUUAGUCUGCGCUUAUAGACUCUUUGACAAGACCUGGAUCUUUACAUAUACCUUCUUGGUAACUAUCUUAAUUGAGUAUAUUACUUUGCUCCUUAAAUGUUUCUAUUGCUGAAAAAACUAACAAAGGAAGCCAAGUAAAAAGUUGUUGUCUGAGGUCAUGUGAAUAUGUUCUUAAAUUUAAUUUCCCGAUGAGUUUUAGGAAAGAAUCCACAGACCAAAAGUUGUUGUGGGAUCAUGUUGAUGAAUUUUCCUAAUAUUGGUCUUUGGUGGUAAUAGGAAGUUCUACCGUCAAGCUUGCAGGUUAGCUUCCUGUUACCAAUAAAUAAAAAGACUCAAAUCGGAUAUGGAAGGUGAUUUCCCUGUCCUAUGGUAAUACAACAACAACAACAACAUACCUAGUGAUUUCCCUGUUCUAUGGUAAUAUGAAGCUUAUAUUUAAUUGAGUCCAUCAUUUACGGUUAUUGAAGCAUUUCUACGGCAAAAGUAUUAUCAGAUUGUAAAUUGAAAAUGUUUGUUGAUAUCCACCCUAUUCAUUACUGUUAUCAUGCUUCAGAACAUUAAAUCCAACUAACUAGAAAUCUGAAAAUUGCAUUGUAAACUAUGAGAUGAAACAAUUUUUGAUCAUUAACU